CUCUCUCUUGAAGCUUGAAGAGAUUGGUUAUGAGAUGAGACAGUGACUUUUGCUCUCUUUCACACUCUUAAAAGCGAAUCUCCUUUUUUUUACUUUUGGUAAGCUCCUGUGAGCUGUAACUUAGCUAAAUCCAUUGCUUAUUACCACUUUAUGCUCUGAAAGUUCUCAGCUUUCUUUUGUCUAUUGUUGUUCUCUUUAGUUACUUUCUUCCUUUGACUUGAGAACGAAUAAGCAUUUUAUCCUAAGAGAGUUCUCUUUCCUUAACUUGCAAAGAAGCAAACUUUGUUUUGAAAUGGGUGGAGAGAGCAAUGAAGGUGAGAUGGGGUUAAACCAUGGAGAUGAUCAAAGUGGGAUCUCAAGAGUUGGAAUGCCUUUGUAUGCAAAGUCAGAUCCUUUCUUCUCUUCUACAGAUUGGGAUCCAGCUGUCAAUGUUGGUGGCUUCUCUAGCUCUCACUACCCUUCAAUGGGGAUGGACAAUCCAGGGAUGAGUUGCUUCCCUCAUUACCAAACCGGUUCUGGUUCUGGCUAUCCUGACAUGCCUGCUAGUCUUCUUCCUUUUGGUGAUUGUGGUGGUGGUGGUGGUGGUCACUUUCUUGGUUCAGACAAGAAAGGGGAAAGUGCUGGAAGAUUGGUCAUAGCUGGAGAUGGUCAUCAGGUUUCAGAUGAUGUUGUUCUUGGUGGUUCCUCAAACAGAAAAAGAAGGCAACCAGAAGCUGAAUCACAAUGGAACAAGCAGAAAGCUGUGGAGGAAUUUCAAGAAGACCCUCAGAGUCAGAAGAAACAGAAAAAUGAUCAGAGUAAAGAGAAGAUGACCAAAGAGAGCUCACAGAGUGAUGAAGCACCUAAAGAAAACUACAUUCAUAUGAGGGCAAGAAGAGGUCAAGCCACUAAUAGUCAUAGUCUUGCAGAAAGGGUUAGAAGAGAAAAGAUCAGUGAAAGGAUGAGACUGCUCCAAGAGCUUGUUCCUGGAUGUAACAAGAUCACUGGGAAAGCGGUUAUGCUUGAUGAAAUCAUCAACUAUGUUCAGUCUUUACAACAACAGGUUGAGUUCUUGUCUAUGAAACUCUCGACGGUGAAUCCAGAACUCAACAUUGAUAUAGACAGGCUUCUUGCUAAAGAUCUUCUGCAGCCAAGAGACAGGAACACUCCUACGCUCGGUCUGAAUCCUUUCGCCCGUUUUCAAGGGACGAUACCGAACAUUUCUACCCCCACAGCUCCACAAUACAACUCAUUACCUCAGACAACACUAGAGAGUGAACUACAAAGCCUCUACCAAAUGGGGUUCGUCUCAAACCCAUCGACUAUGUCUAGUUUCUCACCUAAUAAUGGUCCAUUGAAACCAGAGCUCUAGUACUUCCAUGAAUGAGUUCAGAGGAAAGUUUGAAGAGAGAAAGAGUUUGUAUAGAAGAAGGCUUUGGCCUUAAGUAUCAUAUCUGUUCUUCCAUGUUAUUAUUCUUUCUUUAAAAAAAAAACAAGAAUGAUUUGGAUUCUCAGUUGUUGUUUUUUCUUUCUCAACCAAGAAUGCAUUUAUUAAAAUAUGGAAUCAGAAUACAUUGUUUUUACAUUA